AUGAAGGACAGAAUUCAACGUGACACGGUGGUGGCUCUUCAAGCUUUGGCUAAGUAUGCAGAGGUCACAUUCAGUGACAAAGGAGAUGUAACGGUGACAGUAGCUUCCAGGACCGAAUUUACUAAACAGUUCCAUGUAAAUAACAAUAACCGGCUCCUUCUGCAAAGUGAAUCACUACCGACUGUACCUGGAGAGUAUAUAGUGAGAUCUUCAGGGAGCGGUUGUGUCUACGUGCAAACAGUCCUGAGAUACAAUGUUCCUCCACCGAGACAAGAAGAAACCUUUGCAAUUAAAGUGGAGGCUCAAUCGAGUGGAUGUGUAGAAGACCCAGUGACAAAGCUGGAGAUCCAAAUCACUGCUCAAUAUAAAGGUUCUCGGGAAAUAUCCAACAUGGUUGUUAUAGAUGUGAAGAUGCUGUCGGGAUACAUUCCAAUAAAGAGCACAGUGAGAAAAUUAGAAAAGGAGAAAUUGAUAAAAAGAAGUGAAAUCCAGAUUGACAUGGUGACCUUGUAUCUGCAGGAGCUGGGACAAGACUCUGUCAAUCUUUCAUUCUUUGUUGAACAAGAUAAUAAAGUCGAGGACCUGAAACCAGCCAUAGUGAAAAUCUACGAUUACUAUGAGACAGAUGAACAUGCAGUUGCAGAAUACAAUUCCCCUUGCAUUGGACAAAACUAAUACAAAUCAAGGUAACAAGAACAAUCAAAACUCAUUAUAUGUGCAGGUUUGUUAGCAUUUUUACUGGGCCAGUGUAUCUAGAAAGAAAAUGGUGCAA